GUUUGGUCCUAGACCUUGAACGCUUCCGGCAGGGAGGAUGUGCCAGCGUGGCCUGCGGGAAGGAGGAAAAUGAGAUCCCUGCCAGCGUUUUUGCAAAAGAGCCUAUUCCUAGCAUUACAGAAGGAAAAGAGGAGCCUGUGGAUGAGAACAAAACACUGGAAGAAACCUUGCACACAGUGGAGUUGUGUUCAGAUGAUGAAAUGUUUCACGAUGAAGAUGAUGUGGAUGACAGUGCAGAGGAGAAAACAGAAGAAUCAAGAGCUGAGAAAAUUAAAAGAUCCAGCCUCAAGAAGGUAGACAGCCUCAAGAAAGCAUUUUCCCGCCAAAACAUUGAGAAGAAGAUGAACAAGAUCAGCACAAAGAUUGUCUCGCCUGAACGGAGAGAAAAGAUCAAGAAAUCGCUUACUGUACAUCAUCAGAAAUCCUCCUCUUCAAAGAGUUCGGCUUUCAAAGUAUCUCCCCUCACAUUCAACGCGAAGAAGGUCCGUGAAGGAGAAAGCCCCGCUGAAGCUGAGGACAGACCAACAGAAACUACAAGCCACGACCAAGUUCAGAAUGAGGAUGAAACGUCAUUCACCGACAUGCACUCAGAUGCGACACCUACCACCUCGCUGACCGAGGAGGGCAAAGCAGUAGCCGAUUCUCUAGAGAAGGAAGCCAGAAUGGAAGGGAACACCAUGAUGAACAACAACAUCGAGCUGUCCAUUGUUGAAGAUGAUGAAGAGUAUGGGAUGCCUUCUAGCCAGAAACUGUAUGAUGAAAGAAACAACCCAGUCAGUGGGCAAAUGGAACAAUCUGAUGAAGAAACGACCCAAGCAGCUGUCCUGCAGAUAGACCAAACAGCAUAA